AUGUCGCCCCCUACAACGUUCAUGAGACUUGCAAGUCCCAAUGAACGCCGUACAAUCAGUCGCGAAGAUGUCGGCUUCUACAACGCGCUCCUAAUAGGAGGUGUGUAUGAACUCGCAGGUAAAGAUAUAGAUAUCACGUCUGCUCAAUCAUUUAUUGCGCCUUUGAAAUAUUGCAUCGAGAAUCAUCCGUACUUGAGUGUGAUCGUCAAAGAGAAGCAUACCGAGAAGCCAGCAUACGAAGCAGUUUCUAGUAUCGAUCUCCAUGACCAUGUGGCUAUACUGCAUGAAGAUGAGUCCGCUAGCGAUGAGACUGCAGCGAUUCAAAAGGCCCUGCCAGCAAUACUCGACCGGCCAUGGCCUGCUGAUACACCGCCUUGGCGAAUAGUGGUACUCCCUCUGGCGUCGUCUCAUGAUCGCACCGUAACGCGGUGCUUCAUAGCUUUUUCAUUCUCCCAUACUCUUGGGGAUGGUAUGGUUGGGGUCGCAUUCCAUCACACGUUCCUUGAAGCAUGGCGACAGAGCGCUGACACUGCCUCGGAUGCCUCUUUCUUGGUCACCCCGUCGAGUCAAGCACUCGGAGAACCCUUCGAUACACCUGAUAGACUUCCCAUAUCUUGGAAAUACCUUCUGGAGCCGUUGAUAGCGGCUUAUUUGCCGAAGUUUGUCGGCAAAUUGCUCGGUAUUCGUGCAUCUGCUAGUACCAUAGAUGCUGGUACCUGGGUUGGGCCACCGAUUUUCUUCGAUCCCCAAGCUGCCCUGCAGAGCAGAGUAAGACUCCUCGAGAUUGAGGCUCCGCUAGUCAAAAAGGCCCUGCAAGCUGCAAGAAGCCAUGAUACCAAACUCACUGCAACAUUCCACCAGAUGAUUGUUCGCGCACUGAGCAAGGCCAUCCCCAACCCUGAUAUAACCAACUUUGUUUCCGGAACUCCUGUGGACAUGCGAGCUUCUAUCGGAACCCCUAGUCUGACAUGGGGCCUCUUUGUGUCUGGUAUUUACAAGAUGCAUGCACGAAUACCUGAUGCGACUGAAUCUGCCUUCUCCAAGGAGAUGUGGGCAGCUUCAAGCUCAAUGACCAAGGAACUCGCUGCAUGCGGCGCUCGACUCCAAGAUCAAGCUGUUGGCCUUCUGAGAUAUGUGCCAAACAUGCGAAAUUGGACACUAAGUAAAAUCGGACAGCAGAGAGACUCCUCAUACGAACUUAGCAAUCUGCUUGCAUUUGAUAAUUUGGAUGACGGCGCAGAGAAAAGGUGUAAGAUUACCAAGAUGGUGUUCUCGCAACCUGGCAAUCCUCCCAGCGCUCCACUUGCGUUCAACAUCAUUAGCGUCAAGGGUGGAAGCCUGGUGUGCACUGUGAGUUGGCAAGCCGGUGCCUUGGGUGUGUCAGUUGAAGACGAGCUGGCUUUUGUUAAUCAGAUUUGUUCAUCGAUUCGAGCUGAUUUUGAAUCCCUGGAAAUUUGA